UUGCAUCUCGCUUGAAGCUUCUCUGCAAAUCUGGGAUUUAGGAGAUGAGCAGAUCAACAAGUAUGGAACCCAAUCGGAAGAAUGAAGAACAGCCUUCAAAGAAAUGGUCUCUGCAAGAUUUCGAUAUCGGGAAGCCUCUUGGGAAAGGAAAGUUUGGGAGAGUCUACCUCGCCAGAGAGAAGAAGAGCAAAUACAUAGUAGCACUCAAGGUUAUAUUCAAAGAGCAGAUUGAAAAGUACCGUCUUCACAACCAGCUGCGGCGGGAAAUGGAGAUACAGAGUAAUCUCAGUCAUCCCAAUGUUCUCCGUCUCUAUGGUUGGUUUCACGACGAAGAACGCAUAUUCUUGAUUCUUGAGUAUGCUCAUAGGGGGGAGCUUUAUGGGGAGCUUAGGAAGUCCGACCACCUCUCAGAAAAGCAUGCCGCCACUUACAUUGCCAGCCUCACACGAGCAUUGGCCUACUGCCACGACAAACAUGUAAUUCACCGGGACAUCAAGCCAGAGAACUUAUUGCUUGAUUUUGAGGGUCGACUCAAAAUUGCUGACUUCGGAUGGUCUGUCCAGUCCAGAAGCAAAAGACACACCAUGUGUGGAACUUUGGACUAUUUAGCUCCAGAAAUGAUAGAAAACAAAGCCCAUGAUUAUGCAGUUGAUAACUGGACUUUGGGAGUUCUUUGCUAUGAGUUCCUUUAUGGGGUCCCUCCAUUUGAGGCUGAGAGUCAGACCAACACGUUCAGAAGGAUAGUGAAAGUUGACUUGAGUUUUCCUCCAACCCCGCAUGUGUCUGCAGAAGCAAAAAAUCUCAUCAGUAGACUUCUUGUGAAGGACUCCACAAAAAGGCUUUCACUUCUGAAGAUCAUGGAGCAUCCUUGGAUCAUCAAGAAUGCAAACCCAACUGGUACUUGCAUUGAUUAGCAUUAUGUAUUGUCACCUAGGCACUUCAAUUCUCUGGUUUUUAGUUC